AUGCAGGAACAAGCAACUAGUUCUUUAGCUGCGAGCUCUCUUCCAUCAAGCAGUGAGAGAUCAUCAAGCUCUGCUCCGCCUUUGGAGAUCAAAGAAGGAAUGGAAAGCGACGAGGAAAUACGAAGAGUGCCGGAAUUCGGAGGAGAGAUCACCGGAGCAGAAAACUCCGGCCGAAAUUCUGCAUCGGCGGCUGGUCAGGAGCAGAUUCAGGCAACCGGAGGAGAAAAACAGAGGAAACGAGGAAGGAGCUCAGCUGAUAAAGAGAACAAAAGGCUAAAGAGGUUGUUGAGGAACAGAGUUUCUGCUCAGCAAGCAAGAGAGAGGAAAAAGGCUUACUUGAGUGAUUUGGAGAUGAAAGUGAAAGACUUGGAGAACAAAAACUCUGAACUUGAAGAAAGACUUUCAACGUUGCAGAACGAAAACCAAAUGCUUAGACAUAUUCUUAAGAACACAACAGCUAACAAGAGGGGAGGCAAUGGUGGUGGUUCUAAUAAUCCUGAGUCUUGA